AUGGUCCAAUGGGCAAUCGAACUCAGCCAAUUUGACAUCGAGUACCAUCCAAGAGCAGCCAUCAAGGCACAAGCUCUGGCUGACUUCAUCGCUGAAUUCACUCUUCCAGACGAAGAAGGAACUACAGACGAAGUUGAUAAAUGGACAAUACAGACAGAUGGUUCGUCAGCCCAAAAGAGGGGGGGAGUAGGGGUCGUCAUAACUACCCCCGACGGAGAAGUGAUGAAAUAUGGAGUUCAACUGGAGUUCCCAGCCACCAAUAACGAAGCCGAAUAUGAAGGAAUAUUGACGGGCUUGAGGCUUGGAAAAGCUCUUGGUGCCAAAAAUUUGCUGGUCCAGAGUGAUUCAAAGCUGGUAAUCGGACAGAUCAGUGGAGAGUACGAGGCAAAGGAAGAAAGGAUGCAGAAAUACCUUAAACUGACGAGGCAACUAACUCAGGAGUUCGACACAGUGGAUUUCGUCCAGAUACCAGGAAACCAGAAUAUUGAAGCUGACGAAGUGUCGAAACUAGCGUCGUCAGAAGCAGGAAUGACGAGCACAGACGUGGCAAUAGAAAUUCAGAAAUACCCAAGUAUUGAAGAGGUGGCAGUGCUCACCACCCAGAGCACAAACACCUGGAUGACGCCCUUAAUAUCCUUCCUCCGAGACGGACACUUACCUCAGAAUACUGACGAAGCCAGAAAGGUCAAAAAGAGAGUGGCCAGGUUCACGAUCCUAAAUGACGUCUUGUACAAGAGAGGCUUCUCUAUGCCUUACCUAAAGUGCGUCGACGAGGAUGAGGCCAAAUACAUUCUAGAAGAAGUACACGGAGGAGUUUGUGGCGACCAUGCCGGCCCCAGAUCCCUAGUAAACAAGGUGAUAAGAGCAGGGUACUUUUGGCCAACCAUGCAGGGGGAUGCUGCUGACCUCGUCAGAAGAUGCGACAGAUGCCAGCGGUACGGGAAUGUACAACGGCUUCCAGCGGAGAAGAUGACGACCAUAUCCUCCCCAUGGCCAUUCGCGCAAUGGGGAAUCGACAUCGUCGGUCCUCUGCCCCAAGGUAAAGGUCAGGUUCGGGAUCCCUUUGACGAUCAUAAUGGGAAGCAGUUCGACAGCCAAGGCUUCAGAGAGUUCUGCUCGGACCUCGGGAUCAAGAAUCAGUUCUCAUCCCCGGGACACCCCCAGGCAAAUGGACAGACGGAAGUAACAAACAGGACGUUGCUCAAGAUAAUCAAAACCAAGCUGGACGAAGCAAAAGGAGAGACACCCUUCAGGCUUACCUACGGCUCAGAAGCAGUGAUCCCAGUAGAAGUUGGAGUAACAAGCAUCAGGCGAGGAACUUUCAGAGAGGGACUCAAUGACGAGGGACUGCGGUUCAACCUGGAUUGCUUGGAUGAAGUAAGAGACAAUGCGUCCAGUAGAAUGACAAAGUAUCAAAAGAAAAUGGCCGAGUAUUACAAUAAGAGGGUCAAACUCAGGCGUCUGGCCAUAGGGGACCUCGUCCUUCGCAAAGUCACUAUAGCUACUAAAGACCCUACUCAAGGGAAGCUGGGCCCUACAUGGGAAGGGCCAUAUCGCGUCGUUCACUACUCUAGGCAAGGGAGUUACCAUCUGGAAACUAUGGACGGACAAAAGCUCCCUCGUCCUUGGAGCAUUGAGCAUUUAAAGAAAUACCAUGAGUAA